GCCGACAGAGAAUUGGUGCUGUAUGUACCGUGUCCCCCUAAGUUGAUCAGAGCAAGUGGAAGCAGUAAACAGAUCAUAUUGAAUUGUUACUACGGACAGCUGGUGAAGUUGUCAUUGUUUUGAUGUCAAUCAUGUUCGCAGCCCGGCGUAUUCUCAUGUCUAACACGAUCAAAGAUGUGUUUACAAGAUCAAAGCACUCGCUCCCGGACUUGCCGUACGAUUACAAAGCUCUGGAGCCUAUCAUAUGCGCUGAAAUUAUGCAGCUUCAUCAUUCUAAACAUCAUGCGACCUACGUUAACAACUUGAACGUUGCUGAAGAAAAACUGAAGGAAGCAGUUGCGAAGGGUGACGUUAACACACAAAUUGCCCUGGCUCCAGCCAUCAAGUUCAACGGUGGUGGUCAUCUUAAUCACUCGAUUUUUUGGUGCAAUCUUUCGCCCCACGGUGGUGAACCAGACGCCGCUCUUGUGAAGCAAAUUCAAAAGGAUUUCUCCAGCAUGGAGGAGAUGAAGAAACGCUUAUCAGAGACUACCGUGGCGAUUCAGGGCUCCGGUUGGGGCUGGCUUGGAUACGAUCAAAAGACAAAGUCGCUCAAGAUAGCGACAUGUGCAAAUCAAGAUCCACUCCAGGCCACGACUGGUCUUAUUCCUCUCUUCGGCAUCGACGUAUGGGAGCACGCCUAUUACUUGCAAUACAAGAACGUACGACCCGAUUACGUGAAGGCGAUUUUCGACAUUGUCAAUUGGAAGGACGUAAACGCACGUUUCAAGACUGCUGCCGGCUGCUAAGAGGCAACGCAGUUGUUGAAUAGUUAAAUACCUUUGUAAUAUCAAAGUUUCAUACUAAAAAGUGACAUUUUUAUUUAGGCUUUACUUGGGUAUUGCUGGAUAAUAUGCCUGUGAUUUUCCUGUUUCUUUGUAGGCUGUAUCUAAAGUUUGUAUGAUUACAAUUGACUGCUAGGGAAGUAAAAUGAGUGUAAGAAGAGGAAAAGCUUAUCAUAAUCUGCCUUUAUUGGUAGUGAUAUCUCAAAAACUGCAUAAAAGUGUUUCUUUAUAUUUGUAUAGAUAGCUGUAUGCAAAGUAUGCAUUUAUGUAUAAAAUAAAAUGCUCCAGAUCUUUGUUUCCUUCGAA